AUGCACAUUCUUUUGUGUACAGACAGCCCCCGGCCCCGCCCCCUUCGGAACUCUCCCCGGUCUCACUUGUUGUCGUUUCCGUUCUACGCCAUUUUCCACGGACACUCGAGAAGAUCGUCCCUGGCUCCCACAGAGACGAGCAAUUUUGCAAUUAAUCAACAAAUCAAGCUACCGCCAUGCAUCGUGACUGUCCCCUCGAUUGCAAGUGUAUGGGUCGCCAGAAACCCCCCAGGUUUUGCCUUUGUGGAGUUUGAAGAUCCCAGAGAUGCUACUGAUGCAGUCCGUGAGCUUGAUGGAAGGACAAUGUGUGACUGCCGGGUGAGAGUUGAGUUGUCCAGUGGAGAGAAGCGCAGUCGUUCACGUGGGGCACCCCCUCCUUGGAGCAGACGACCCAGAGAAAGAGAUGAUUAUCGGGGACGACGAAGCUCACCAGCUCGAAGAAGAGCCACCACCAUGCCUCUUCUCACCACCCUCUGA